UUAGCUGGAUAUAUAUUAUUUUUUUUCAAACUAUAGUACAAAACUAAAUCCAUUUGAGCAUUUCUAGAGUCAGAGUGGAUAACUUGCUCAUGCACUCCUAGUACUAUCUCAAUCAAAGGCUGGUGCAAGAGGCACUCUAUUUUACGUCAUUCCAUGGACCCUUUCAAAUUAACAUCUGCCAAAUCAAUACAUACACUUUACCUUUAUUGUCAUCUCAUCCGAGGGAAUAAACCAUUUUCCUUUCACAGCCCAUUUGUCCUGGUCCAUUUCAUUCUGGAAAAUUUCGAGGAUCGAACAUCGUAUCUUCUAGUUAGUGAACAAACCACUGUGGCUCGUGUCGUUAUCAGGGUAUUAGGAUAUUAAUUUUCAGAAGAUCAAACCAGUGGACCUUCUAGAAUUAUUCUUUAUCUUGGUGACUGAUUUAUAAUUCAACAGAAUAAGUAGGGUAUCAUUAGGGAUACUUGACUCAGUAUAUACCCUUUGUUUGACAUGUCUGAAUAAUUUCAUCAAGGGAUGUAUGAAUUCUGUGACAUUCAGAAUGUGUGACAACCUCGGCAUUAUAUUGCGAUAUGCAGAAACAAUGACCUGUUGCAUGAAGAAUUCAUCAAUAGUAGGACUGUAGGAGUGCAGAAGAAUUAAUGCGUACUACAAAAUCAACGUGUUAAAUCACCAUGGCGAUGACGAUUCUAAGAAGAUGUUGUAGAACACUCAACCUGGUGGUGCUUCAAAAAUCCAGGCCCAUAUAUUUACAGAAAUUUCAUCGGCUCUUGUAUGCUGCAAUAAAUGACAGACACCCAUCGCAUUUCUUACAGGCAAAUUCUUGCCAGAUAAUUCCUGUCCAUUGGCUUCAGAUUGACACUAAAGCAACUGUGAAGAUUAAUAAUAAUGUUGUUAAAGUUUUGGAGGAAGAAAACGAAUAUUUUCAUGGAUAUUUAGAGAGCUCCCCUGUAUAUAGAAGAUAUCUUUUAAUAGCUCCAGACCUUGGCAAGCCUAGCGCUGAAUCAAAAUCACAACUGUAUGAUUGGGAUUUACGUCAAUUUUUAGUCAAAUUAUCAACGGAACCUAGUGAAGAAAGAUAUAAAAUGAUUUCUUAUAAUAAGUUUGGAAAGCUCUUUAUGGAUUGGAGUGAUAAUUUCCAGAAACUGUCGGACGAAGAGCUGUUUUUAGACUUGAAACUCCUAUCUGUGUUAAAUCUACGUCUCGGCUUCACCAAACCUCUUAAAUCUAUUGCCAUAUUGGUAGGUACAGUUUGUAAUGAUGAAUUCAUUAAACGGAUGCCAUCUUGGAGUGUAGCUCAGAUCUUAAUGGCGGCCGAUUUGUUCUAUAAUCUGAGGUGUAAUAACAUCAAAAAGUUCACCUUCCUCGACAAAAUGUUUUUAGAAAUUGAAAAAAAUUUGAGUGCCUUAGAGAAAGAAGACAUUAUUAUGACCCUGUAUUAUGCAAAUCUUCGUAGAAAUUGUACUUUUCAUUUCUUGAAUAAAUUAACGAGGAAGGUAUCGGAAGCGUUAUCAUUGUGUACACCAAGUGAAGUGGGAAUAAUAUGUCUUGGUAAUUUUAAAUGCAGAAACGUACAGAUGACGCCUUUUCAUUACAUGCUUCCUCAGUAUUUAAUGGAGAAUAUUGAUAAUAUGGAUUCUAUGAUGGUUUCAGCUAUUACAAAAUUUUUGACCGGUUCACAUGGUAUUCGUUUUCUCACAAACAAAUCGCAAGAUUUAAAAUUACAAUUACUUUUUAAACUUGCGCAAAAGGCACCUGAAUUGGAAAAUGGUACACUUUUGAAAGUGUUAGAAAUGGUCGAACGUGCGAGGUGUAUCAAUUUGAAGCUUGUCAGACAAUUAGAGUCAUUAUCACUGAAUUCUAAUCUACGACAAUGGAGGACAAAGGAUCUAGCUAAAAUGUCUUUUUUGAUAGGAAACUUUUCAACUAUUAUUGAAAAUCCUGGAAAACUAUUGGAUAAUAUUAUAGCUGAAUUAUUAAUGGCAGACAAGAAAACAGAAAUGCAAGAAUUUUUACCAGUUGUAAGUUUAGCACUAGAUGGCAUGGCUCGAGUGGGAGUGUACCCAGUGGAACUGUUAAAAUUAUUGUAUAUUGAAAAUAACUCAGAAUAUUUAUAUGAUAAAAAAAGUUACAGUAUUACAUUGUACCAGUUGUUAGAUAGUAUUAGAAUAGAAUGUCCACAGAUUCUUGAAGAAAUUUCAUCACCAUUUGUUUCAAAUCUGUUUGCUAGGAAAAAUGAUAUUCAGGGAAAAAUUCGUUUACGCCUGCCAGAAGCUAAAAAGAAUUUCUUGAAAGAACUGAGUGAUACAUUAAGAGUUGUAUUCGGAAGAGGAUUUGUUAAAGAAACAUCUGUCCUGGCAUUUGAUGAUAAUAAUAUUGAAUUGUGUGUGAGUGAAGAUGGUGAACCUAUUUUAGUUAAAGAGUGGGAGAAAGACAAUAAUAUGGCCAAAUGUAAAAGGCUACGAUUUGUUAUGCUGACUUCCAUUGAUUUCUAUGAAGUUUUUGAUGACGAAUAUCAAUCAAGGUUCCACAUCAAAGGUUUUACUUACAUGAAAUUACGUCAGAUGAAGAAACUAGGAUAUAUUCCUAUUCCUGUUCGUGAGACCGAUUUGAGCCAGUCCUCGGAUAAAGGAAAGUUUAUUAAACAGCAAAUUCAACAAGCUUUAGAGAUUAAUAAGAAAUAAAGUUAUAUGAAAUAUAGAU